AUGAGCCAAUGGAUAAAGUCUCAAUAUCCGGAUUUCAGGCUUGGAAGGAACACUCGUGUCCUUGCCAGCCAGUCUGUAGAGCGCCUGGCCCUGGCCCAUCAUUUACAGGCGACCUCAUCGAUACAUGGUUCACUGUCCUCUGAUCAGAUGUGCUUCUGUCCAACCGAUCUUCCAAUCACUAGCAGUCUUUCCCGGGUUGAGCUCAACUGCUUUUCUAUCGACCCUGAAGCCAGUGUUAAUAAGCUUGGCAAGCUCAGCUCUGACCUAAUUCCUGAUACGUUUCAGGUAGAAGCAGACAAAAGAACAGAUAAACAAGGAUGUGGUGCUAUUCUGGGGGACCCUUCUUACUUCCUAUCUCCAAGGGCUGUUCAGAUGGUUGGCCAAGCUUCUAGGCCGAUCAGCAAGUCGAAGCUAAAUGAACAUCAAGCUAUUCUUAAAACAGCUGUAGUGGAUGCUGCAAAGAAAAACCUUAUCAUCCUGUCAUCUGACUCUUCUGGUACCGGCGACACAAUUCAUGCUUGUGCCUACGACGGCGUUGGGGAGGAUGCCACUACCAAGAUGGGUCUGUUGCCAAUUAGUAUGGUUUACCGGGUGCUUUUGCAGCAGCUGUUAUUAGACCGCUUGCCGGCAAAGGAGAUUUUGCGACGCCCGCCUAAUACCUGGGUAGUAGGCAGAUGCAAGCGCCAACGAAGGUUCCAUCAGAUCACUAAGAGUUACGCUGGCGUCUCCGCUGGCUCCAAGCCUUCAUUUCUUGCUGCUAAAUCGUCCAUUGCUCAGACUUCAGAAAUGUCUUGUUUAGAUAGCCCAUUUGAAGGAACCAUCUCGCAAAGCCUACACUGUACUCCUGCAUCGACCCCCCAGAUUUCUUCCGGGCUUGUUUCGACUCCCCCUCCGCUUCAACCACUAUCCCCAAAUUUCUUGAGCUCAGCCUCAAGUUUGAUAAAUCCAAGCUCAUCGGCUGGCACCACAACUAUUGAAGAAUCCUCUUUCAAAAAAAGGAUGAUGGGCGAUAGAACGACUGGGCUUCAAUGA